UGAAUAAUUCAAUGGUAGAAUCAGAACGAUUACGAAGGCGUAACAAGUUCCUUUGUGACCAGUUGAUUGAAAAUAGAGAGCUUUAUAAUUUUAAUAUGAAACUUGAACCUCCUCGUGUUAAUCCUACAGGCAAUGAAUCUUCUCAAUUUUUCUAA